CGUCUGUCACUUCCGAGAAGUUCCUUGUUGAUUACUUCCUACCUUCAACCCCGUUAAGAAAUCAAAGUCUACAGUGCUGAAGGUCAAUCAGCCUCCAAAACCCAGGAAGAGAAUGAACGUCUUCAGUAAGAAACCCAAUCCCAAAGAGGCUCUUCGGGAGAGUAAGAGAGAUAUGGCGCAUGCCACAAGAGGGAUAGAGAAGGAAAUUGGGGCUCUGCAACUAGAAGAAAAAAAGCUUGUUGCUGAAAUUAAAAAAACUGCUAAAACAGGAAAUGAGGCUGCAACUAAAAUUCUAGCCCGGCAACUUAUUAGGCUUAGGCAGCAAAUAGCUAAAUUGCAGGGUAGUCGGGCUCAAAUGAGAGGCAUAGCAACUCAUACACAAGCAAUGCAUGCACAGUCUUCUGUUGCUGUUGGCAUGAAAGGUGCUAGCAAGGCUAUGGCGGCAAUGAACAAGCAAAUGAACCCUACACAGCAAGCGACAGUUAUACGUGAAUUUCAGAAACAGACAGCACAGAUGGACAUGACUAGUGAAAUGAUAUCUGAUGCCAUAGAUGAUGCCUUGGAUAAUGAUGAGGCUGAAGAAGAGACUGAAGAGCUAACUAAUCAGGUUCUAGAUGAAAUUGGUGUGGAUGUUGCAUCACAGUUGUCAGCAGCUCCAAAAGGUAGGAUUGCAGGGAAGAAAGCUGAGGAUGUUGGCAGUUCGGGUGUCAAUGAGCUCGAGAAGCGGUCGGCAGCUCUUAGAAAUUCUUGAGCUAAAAGGCUCAAUGUUGAAAAUUUUUCCUCUUAUCGAUAUUUACUCCUUUCUUUUUUGAUUCCAUCAAACAUGUGUACUGUAGAUAAUUUCAUUGCCAUUCAUGUUUUCAGAUGAUAUUACUAGUUCCAUGUAAUCUUUAUUCCUGAAUUGGGAUAAUUUGUAAUGGGAUGAUCUGUAUUCUGUGCUUUGCUUAUCAUCCCUUUGGUGGAAAAGUCAUAAAGCAGAAGCUUAAUAAGUAGUUCUAGGGUUUGGGAGCUAAAGAAAAUAUUCACAGGUUU